CCUCUGCCAUGCUCUGAAUAUCCCCCGAUCCAUUUCUCCAUCAUAUUGGGUGACUGAUAAAGUGAAUUUGGUGAUGGCUCUUGUUAUGGAACCUAUCAGCAAGUGGUGCCCAAAUCAAGUGAUAGACUGGAUGAAAGGUCUAGAUGAUUGCCUUCAGCAGUACAUCAAAAACUUUGAGAGAGAGAAGAUCAAUGGGGAACAGCUGUUGCACAUCACUCACCAGGAGCUGGAGAUGCUGGGGAUCACCCGAAUAGGACACCAGGAGCUCAUUUUAGAAGCAGUCGAUCUCUUGUGCGCUUUGAAUUAUGGAUUGGAGACGGAAAACCUGCGGACGCUCUCACAUAAACUUAAUGCCUCGGCCAAAAACCUGCAGAACUUUAUAACGGGAAGAAGGAGAAGCGGACACUACGACGGGAGAGCCUCCAGGCGACUGCCAAACGACUUUCUUACCUCUGUGGUUGAUCUGAUAGGUGCUGCAAAGAAUCUUCUAGCCUGGUUGGACAGGUCUCCCUUUGUCAGCGUAACAGAAUAUUCACUGCUGAAAAAUAAUAUUGUCCAACUGUGCCUGGAACUCACCACGAUUGUGCAACAGGAUUGCACAGUGUAUGAAACAGAAAAUAAAAUUCUCCAUGUGUGUAAAACCUUAUCCGGGAUCUGCGAUCACAUCAUCUCCCUCUCAUCCGACUCCCUGGUAUCUCAGUCGGCACAUCUGGAAGUUGUCCACCUCACCAACAUCAUGCCAAGCGAAGGACUGGGAAUGUACAUCAAAUCAACAUACGAUGGACUACACGUCAUCACAGGGACUACAGAAAACUCCCCCGCAGACCAGUGCAAAAAAAUCCAUGCUGGCGAUGAGGUCAUCCAAGUCAACCAUCAGACUGUUGUCGGUUGGCAGCUGAAGAACUUGGUAAAUGCUUUGCGAGAAGAUCCCAGUGGGGUCAUUCUAACGUUGAAGAAAAGACCCCAGAACACACUGGCAUCUGCUCCGGCCCUUCUAAAGAACGUGAGAUGGAAGCCUCUUGCACUACAGCCUGUGAUUCCCACCAGUCCAACGAGCGGCAAUACAACACCUACCGGCACAAUAGGCAUGUCCGGCAAAGUCGACGGGUCAGGUCUUCAUGAUGUCUUCAUCCUUUCUCCUGUCUCAGGACUUUAUGGCCCAAGGGAUGAAGUUGGAAUUGUAUCCUGCGAUGACAUCAAUAAAUAUGGAGUUGGGAAGUCGGGAAUGAAAGGCUCUGAAUCCCCCAGUUAUUUCUUAGAGCACGAGAGUGGCAAAUAUUACACUUUAAUUGAAGGCGAGGGGCACCAAGUUGGCUCAGAAUAUGAACGAGGACGAUCUACAGGGGUGCGGAGAAGAGAAAGGACUCCGACGCACGGUGACCUGAGACCGGUGUCUAUGCCUGCGGAAUACAGCUGGGUUGGAGAAUCUAAGGAGCCAAAUAUGUAUAAACGAGGGAGCAGAGCUGAAAACUCUCUCUUGCGUUACUUGAGCGAUGAAAAGAUCCUAGUGAUACAGGAGGAACCUGUCAAUCAGAAGGACAACAAAAGGGACACAGGACGCAGGUCGAAGAAAAAAAGCAAAAAUCCAGGCAGCCCAAGUUACCCCAUCAGUCCAUCAAUGUUAACCUCCUCCGGUCGGCUAGAUCCGGCUCAACAAGAUGCCUUGACAUUUUCACUGGCUGAAAGCAACACUGUCCCGCUGUACCAUUCUUUCCAUUAUGCAUCAUUGAGGGUUAAAACCAAAAAAAGAUCAAAAGGAAGCUCGCUUACCAGUGGUAGCAGACGGCGGAUUUCGUGCAAGGAUUUGGGUCACGGUGACUGUGAAGGCUGGUUGUGGAAAAAGAAAGAUGCCAAAGGAUACUUUACCCAAAAAUGGAAGAAGUAUUGGUUCAUUCUAAAGGAUUCUUCUCUGUACUGGUACACCAACCAAAAUGAUGAAAAGGCGGAAGGCUUUAUUAGUUUACCUGAAUUCAGGAUAGAUCGAGCCAUCGAGUGCAGAAAGAAGCAUGCCUUCAAAGCUUGUCAUCCAAAAAUUAAGAGCUUCUUCUUUGCCACUGACUGUCUUGAAGAAAUGAAUAGAUGGAUGAACCGUCUAGGCCUUGCAGCUAUUGGGUACACACCAGAUGAAAAGGACGUCAGACCCAACGAAGAUUACUGGAGUGAAAGUGAUCAAGAUGAUAUUGAUGGAUCUAUGACCUUGAAACAGGAAGCUCCGUCCACAGUGAGUGACAACUAUCACCGCACAUCUUCUGUUAAUUCUUCAAGUCCGUUUCCUGAACAGAAGCAUGGUCGCCAUUUUUCCAGUGAAUCCACCUACUCCCACUCCUCUGCGGAAGACUCGAGGCAGGACGCCACUGGAAGUACACACUCUUCGGGAUGUAGGCCCACUUAUCGGGAAAGGCGUUCUUGGCAAGACCUUAUAGAAACCCCUUUAACCAGCUCAGGACUUCACUUCCUGCAGACUGUUCCUCCUGACCCAGAAUAUGUAGCUGGACGUCCUGGAAUGUCCCCAGAAAGAAGGAGACAAGCCACUCUACCUGUCCAAAGACGCCAUAACCACGAAAAAGACGGACCCUUCCCUCUAGCAGAAUGUCCACGGGGUCACACUUCUCAUGCCAGGACACAGAAGCAACGUAGCCAAAGCUUGCCAAGGAACAGGGAUGUUAAAGGAAAAUGUCGGGGUAAGACAGUCGGUCUGGUGGAGGAGAAAUCUGAAGAUGAACUCCUUAAAAGGAAGCAUAGCACUUCCAGUAAAGAAGAAAACAAGAAAGAAAGCAGGUGCAGUACAGACGGUCUUCAGGAGCUGUAUCGAACAUUAGAACAAGCCAGCCUAUCAGCGUUCGGCGAACAGCGGCCUUCAACCAAGCAGGAAUUUAGGAGAUCCUUCAUAAAGAGGUGUAAUGACCCCGUUUUAAAUGAAAAACUCCAUCGCAUUAGAGUCUUGAAAAGCACUUUAAAAGCAAAAGAAGGGGAUCUUGCAAUCGUCGACAGCCUCCUCGAUGACCCGAAUCUGACGUCAAAGAAGUACAAAGAAUGGAAGCAAAAGAACCAUGAGUUUUUCGUGGACAUUUGUGAGUACAGCGGAACCCUGAAACCUCAGAACGGUGCCUCCGAACUCGUUGUACCGGCACCCAUGCUGACACACACACAUUCAUUUAUCGAAACACACGUCUGACGAGCAGUGGCACCGCGAACAAUCCAAUUGCCAGGUGCCACGGGGAAAAAAAAAAACAAUCCAAAAAAAAAACCACUGUAAUAUUUGUAUAUAAUGUAAUCAUAUGGAUUGUAAAAAAAAACAUUGGAUAAGAGAAUAGUGCCACAGGAUGCCUAUGACAUUGCAUGAACAAGUCAGUGUUAUUUCCUAAUUUCUUUUUCUUUUGAUGUACGUACCAAGAUCUGCAUUCCACAGAAAAAUCCACGUUCAAUUAUUAUAGAGGCCCAAGUACUGUACUGCAGUAACACGACAAGGACAAAAUUCCUAAAACCCCCCCACAUUUUAUAUAUUUAGAAGUGUAUCUAUGUAUAUAAAAUGGCAGUCGACCAUU